GUGGAGAGGAAGCCUAAGAAACAUGUGGCGGAGGAGUUUGAGGAGUUUGACUACAGCGACCUGUAUGAGGACCGCUCUGUUUCCACGGCGACAGCGGGUCCUAAUGACACCGAGUACGAGAUCGUGGAGUACGAAGACUACGACAACACAACGGAAUAUGAACAGGUGAACGAGUACGAGUACGAAGACGAAUACGACGACCGCUACGGACACGCCGAGAUGGAGCGGGAGAUUUCUCUUAACACCCGGAAUAUACCGGAGAAAGGAGAGAAAGGAGAGCCAAGCUUUCUGGGAGCGGGGACGCAGAUCACAGGACCCCCCGGGCCUCCAGGACCAGAGGGAGAGACCGGGCCCUUUGGAGUCACAGGAUCAGUGGGACCUCGAGGAGACGCUGGGGAGCUGGGCCCUUCAGGGCGGCCAGGCCUUAACGGAGCCGAUGGGAUCCCCGGUCCCCCAGGAAACAUCAUGCUCAUACCGGUAACUCAUACUGGUGCUCGCUCCUCUGCUCAGCCCGAGGCCUCGCAGCGCCGCGCUGAU